AAGGUGGGUUAAGCCUUUAAACAACCGUGGGUCCCGCUAUAUCCAAUCGGUCGAAAACUCUUCUCGGAUGUCCAUUGGUCCGUGGACGUCACGCGUUGAGUCAAAGAGUGGGACUGUUUGACUGUCUUUUCCUUCUUCCAACUCAGAGAGAGUGAGCUCCUCCUCUGUACUCUCUCUGAAACAGAGCACAGUCUCUCUGGCUCUUUAUUUAUCUCUCUAUCUAUGUGCUGCACGCUCUUCUGAUUUGCACAGUGGUUUUCUGGCUUUAUUGAGCCUCCGAAUUUGUCACAUUGUGUUCCCUAUACACCUCUCACUACCCAUCUCUCUGCUCUGCUUCAUUCAUUGUCUGCUUCCUCUGUUUUUUUUUUAAUUCCUUUGUUCUCUGCUUCAUCUUUCAUUUUCUCUGUUUCCUCCUCCUUCUUCCUCUUCUUCUAUUACCAAAACCCAUCCAUGACUGUGAGCAACAGCACCGGCAAAGAACGCCUUGUGGUGGAGGUGGUGGCGGCCCACAACCUCAUGCCCAAAGACGGCGAGGGCUCGUCUUCCCCAUUCGUCGAAAUCGAAUUUGAAAACCAGAGGCUCCGAACCCAGGUCAAGUACAAGGACCUGAACCCGGUCUGGAACGAGAAGCUAGUCUUUCGUGUCAAGGACGUGGCUGAUCUUCCCUACAGAGCCAUAGAGGUCAACAUUUUCAACGAGCGGAGGUCCGGUAACAGCAGAAAUUUUCUGGGUAAAGUUAGAGUUUCUGGUUCCAAUAUUGCUAAGGAAGGAGAAGAGAUUCCUCAGCUUUAUACUCUCGACAAAAGAAGCCUCUUUUCACAUAUCAGAGGCGAGAUUAGCUUGAAGCUUUACCUUUCGACGAGAGAAGAGGUCAAGGAAGUUGUGGCUAAUGGAAUAGUGGGUUCCUCUGUUUCCAACUCUGCUUCUUCCUCUGGGUUUUCGAAGAAAAGCAAGAAACUUCAGGGUCAAAACUCGGUUAUGGUGUCACAGAACCAGUUGAUACAAGAAGCAAAGCCAACGCAGCAGGGUCAGAGCAACAAUAAUCACUCAAAGCCUGUGGAGAACAACCAAGGAGUGAUGAUGAAGCCGAUUCUGAUCAAUACAGGCCCUGUUUCUGCAAUCUCCGGCGGCGGCGGAGGAGGCGGUAGCGGAGGUGGUGUUUACGGAAAUGGGUUGACGGAGUUUUCGCUGAAGGAGACGCGGCCUCAGCUCGGAGGUGAGUCUUUGAAAAAGGAUAAAACUAGCUCUACUUAUGACCUUGUUGAGCAAAUGCAAUAUUUGUAUGUGAAACUGGUUAAAGCUAGAGACUUCUCUGUUUUUGGUGGAGGGGAGGUUGUGGCUGAAGUGAAGUUGGGAAAUUACAGAGGGGUAACAAAGAGGGUGAGUUUGAACAAUGUGGAGUGGGGUCAGGUGUUUGCUUUUUCUAAAGAUUGCAUACAGUCUUCAGUGGUGGAGGUUUUUGUGAAGGAGGGGAACAAAGAUGACUUCUUGGGAAGGGUAUGGUUUGAUUUGAAUGAGGUUCCGAGGAGGGUGCCGCCGGAUAGUCAGUUGGCGCCGCAGUGGUAUAGAAUGGAGGAUAAGAAGGGAGACAAGUCGAAAUCGGGGGAGGUAAUGAUUUCGAUUUGGUUUGGGACUCAGGCUGAUGAGGCAUUUGCUGAAGCUUGGCAUUCCAAGGCUGCAAAUGUGAAUUUUGAUGGGCUUGGUUCGAUUAAGUCCAAGGUUUACUUGACACCAAGGCUUUGGUACCUGAGGGUUACAGUGAUUGAAGCUCAAGACAUUGUUCCUGGGGAGAAAGGGUCUGCAAUGAUGAGGUUUCCUGAGCUUUCGGCGAAAAUCCAGGUGGGGAAUCAGGUCUUGAGGACUAGGAUUGCGCAGCCUAGCAGUGUGAGGAGCCUCUCGAAUCCUUUGUGGAAUGAGGAGAUGAUGUUUGUGGUGGCUGAGCCGAUUGAGGACUACUUGCUGGUCUGUGUCGAGGAUAGGGUUGGGCCGGGACGUGACGAGGUGGCAGGGAGAGUGGUUAUUCCGGUGGCAGCAAUUGAAAGGCGAACGGAUGAUAAGCCUGUCAUUUCGAGGUGGUUCAACCUUGACAACGGCAACCGAUUCACCAAUGCAGCUGGGGAGUCCAAAGUGUUGACAAGGUUUGGGUCUAGAAUUCAUUUGAGGGUUUCACUUGAUGGAGGUUAUCACGUCCUUGAUGAGGCUACAAUGUAUAGCAGUGAUCUUAAGCCGACUGAUAAGAGGCUUUGGAAGCCUCACAUUGGUGUGCUUGAAAUGGGUAUUUUGGGAGCCACUGGGCUUAUGCCAAUGAAGAUCAAAGAAGGGAAAGGAGGGUCUAGUGAUGCUUAUUGUGUUGCAAAGUAUGGACAGAAAUGGGUUCGAACUCGAACUGUUGUUGAUAGCUUGUCGCCUAAGUGGAACGAGCAGUACACGUGGGAGGUGUUUGAUCCUUGCACUGUUGUUACCAUUGGGGUGUUUGAUAAUUCUCGGAUUGAUAAGAACACGGCCAACAAUGCUGGAGUCCGUGAUUCCCGGAUUGGGAAGGUUAGGAUUCGAUUGUCCACACUCGAGUCUGACCGAGUCUACACUCACUCAUAUCCGCUCUUGAUGCUGCACCCUUCUGGUGUCAAGAAAAUGGGUGAGCUUCAUUUGGCCGUCAGGUUUUCUUGUGCCAAUAUGGGUAACAUGUUGAACAUGUAUACUAUGCCACUGCUUCCCAAGAUGCAUUUUGUGCAGCCUUUGACUGUGAAUCAACUGGAAACUUUGAGAUACCAGGCUAUGAAUGUGGUGGUGUCGAGGCUUAGCAGGACAGAGCCACCGUUGGGGAGAGAGGUGGUGGAGUACAUGCUUGACCAUGACUCGCAUAUGUGGAGCAUGAGAAGGAGCAAAGCCAACUUCUUCAGGCUAGUGAAUGUUCUAUCAGGGCCUGUUGCUUUUGGAAGAUUUGUGGAGUUGAUGCGCAGUUGGCAGAAGCCAAUCUGCUCUGCCUUGUUCGUUGCAACUUUCCUUUUGCUAGUUGCAUUUCCGGAGCUCAUAGUCCCAAUGAUCUUGCUGCAUAUGGCAUUUGUGGGAAUGUGGCGGUUUAAGUCCCGCCCUCGCCACCCAUGUUUCAUGGACACUAAUCUGUCCCAUGCUGAGAGUGUUUAUGCUGAUGAGUUGGAUGAGGAGUUUGAUUCGUUCCCAACGAGUCGGAGUGCAGAGAUUGUUAGGAUGAGGUAUGACCGGCUUAGGAGUGUGGCUGGGAGGAUUCAAACUGUUGUUGGUGAUGUGGCUACACAAGGUGAGAGGUUCCAAGCAUUGCUAAGCUGGAGAGACCCAAGGGCAACAUUCUUGUUUGUGAUCUUCUGCUUGAUUGCUGCUGUUGUGUUCUAUGCUGUGCCGAUUAGAGUGGUGGUGGUUUUGGUGGGAUUGUAUGCACUCAGGCCACCGAGAUUCAGGAGCAAGCUGCCUUCUCAGCCUUUGAGCUUCUUCAGGAGGUUGCCAACUAGGGCUGAUAGCUUGUUGUAGACCGUUGAAUUAUCUGCUUGACCAUCAUCUUAGAUAUUUAGAGCUUUUUAUGAUUAUCUAAUUUAGCAGUUCAACUAGAACUUUUGGACAUAGCGGGAAAGACUUUUGUGCUUGCCAUGUAGGAUAUUGUCUUCCUAUUUAGUUGUUUAGCUGUUUGGUUUGUACUAUGUAGGCUGUUCACUAGGUAUUUAAUUCAGAUUUAGGUAGUAGUUUAUUAGGCAAUGGUGGUUCAAGAGUUAGUGUGAGAAAGUAUUAUCCCUUGUUUUAUAAAAAACUGCUGAUUC